CUUACGAUAUUGUUCAAACUCUAUUAUAUGAUUCUAAAAUUUCUUAUAUAUUACAUUAUGAUUUUCCAAAUGAGGUAGUCUUUUAUCAAAUAUAUGUAAUUUUAUAAAAUUUAUUUACUUUUUAUAUGACAAUUAUCCAUAUGACCUUGUUUAAAUAAAUGAUUUAAGAUUGUUAUGAAGGUUAUGUUGUAAAAGUUAUCAACGACGUAACUAAGAUGAUCUCAUAUUGUUAAAUUUUUACUUUGAAGUAUUAUACUAACUGCGUAUUUAAAAAUAAAAUUAUCUACAUUAUCUUGUAAACGUACAUGUAUAUAUAUGUGUGCAUGUAUGCACAGCAAUUAUUAGUGUUGUUUAGCUUUUAAUUGGAAGCAGUAGUGAUAUAACUUGUCAAAGAGAUGAAUGUAUUGUUGAAUAAAUUGAAUCAACAAUUAUUAAGAUUGGCAGGAAAAUUUUUUCAAACUGGACAUAUAUUAAUUGGAAAUUACCAUCAACAUGGAACUUUGACGGAACAUAUUUCUUUCUCAAAGGAUUUUCUAUUUCAACAGUUAUUCGAUCCGGUGUCCAGUACAUAUACAUAUUUACUUGCUGAUAUCAAUAAUAAAGAAGCUAUUUUAAUCGAUCCAGUCAUUGAAUGGGCCGAUCGAGAUAAAACAAUUAUCGAAGAACUCGGUUUGAAUUUGAAAUAUGUUGCGAAUACACAUAUGCACGCAGACCACAUUACAGGAACAGGCCGAUUAAAAUCGUUAUUACCAGGUUGCCGAUCGAUGAUCUCCCGCAAUAGUGGUGCCGAGGCCGACAUUCUCUUGGAGCCACGAGACCGCAUCAAAUUUGGUAGACAUUAUCUGGUGGUGAUACCCACACCUGGUCAUACUGAAGGAUGCGUGACGUAUGUGUGCGAUGAGCAAGGAAUCGCUUUCACGGGCGAUGCCUUAUUAAUACGUGGAUGUGGAAGAACAGACUUUCAGGGUGGCUCAUCAGAAAUAUUGUACAAGUCUGUACAUGAAAAUAUAUUUACCUUACCAUCACAUUACAGACUAUAUCCUGCACAUGAUUAUAAUGGUAGGACUGUAACUACUGUAGCUGAAGAAAAAAUAUUAAAUCCUAGAUUAUCUAAAUCAUUGAAUGAAUUUGUAAAUAUUAUGAAUAAUCUUAAUCUUCCAUAUCCAAAAAUGAUUGACAAAGCUGUACCAGCUAACAAAGUUUGUGGAGUCUUUGAAAUUAAUAAGAAGAAGGGAAAACAGUGACAAAUAACGAGAGAUCGUCAAAUUUCAUCAACUCUUUUCUCAUUAAAUAUGAGAUAAGAUUGUGUAUAUAUAUGUGUGUAAAUAUAUACACACACACACAUAUAUAUAUAUAUAUAUGUCUCUAUGCAAUGUACAGUUUCCAAGAUACUUAUAAACUUUCUCAAUUAAUAAUAGAUAUUUGCAAUUUAAUGUAUAAAUAUUUGCAUAUAUUCGUAAAAAUCAUAGAUUUGUAACUAGUAUAAUAUUAUUUUUACAUAUUUUAACA